CAUUUCGACCCAGGCCCAAAAAGAGGAGGUCCUCUGAUCCGAUGAGUGGCCCAUUUGGAGACCAUUUUCAGAGCGCCUUAAAGCGACGGAGCCCUCCGCCUCCAUACAAAACGAACGAAAAAAAAAAACGAGGAAAGAAAUCAGGAAAGGACGCCCCCGCUGGAAAAUUUCAAUGGAGCGAAGGAGAGGAUGUUGGAACUGGGCGCCAGCAUGCCAAACCAGACCGAACCAAACCGAAGCGAACCAAGCCAAACAAAACGACACGCACACACAAACACCAACAGAUGCUCACACGCAGGAACGGCGAGAGGGAGAGGCACCAACACAGAGCCAGAGUUAACCACCAAUCGUUCGCGCGCAGCCCGCAAAUGUCCCCGCAGCAGGACACGCACACACACACACGCGGGCAGCAUGGAACGGAUGUGGAUAUAGAGGGAGCCACCACCAGGACACUGUGUGUGUGUGUGUGGAAUAGCAGCAGCAGCAGCAGCGGUGGCAGCAGCGGCAGAAGGACGAGCAGCGACGGCGACGUCUCUGUUGUCGAGCACAUGAUCCUUAAUUUCGUUAUAAUUUUGUAUGUUGCCUGAAAUUGUAUAUCAUUUUAAGUUUGAUCGGCCGAGAAUACGUAUCGCCGUGCCUGCGUUAACCAGCCAGCAGCAGCAGCAACAACAACAACAGUAACAGGAUAACAAAGGAGCGGAGAAUAGAAUACAAAAUACGAAACACAAAAAAAAAAAAAUACGCAAGAAGGACGAAGGACGAAGCAGCCAGCAAGUGGAGACGGAAUUUGUUAUCAUCUUGAACUCGCGCACACUCACACACACACGCACGCAGGCACUCACAAACACACAGACGCACAUAGAAGGAGUGCUCCUCCGCUGCUGCUCCUUCUGCUUCUGCUUCUUCUUGCUACGUGCUCCUUGCUCCUGGGGAGCAAAGGACGAAAGCACCGCAGUUGAAAAACAAACAGCCAUAGUUGCUGCAGCGGCUCCCGGCACAGCGGUACACCAACAAUUGUCCAGCGGACGGAAUACGCACGCACGCCAAAACGCCAUCCCGAUGAUCCGCGGUACCGGUACCGCAUCCUGAUCCAGAUCCACCCAGAUCCGAUCCCCAGAUACAUAUAUAUAUAUACGAUAAAUACUAUUAGCAAAUGUUGUCGUAUUUUUUUUUUUUUGAAUGUGUCGUGUUGAAGUGCUCAUCCCUUUACCGUCGGGCAGUGCUAGCUAGUGGCUAACCAAGUGCUAAAACGAAAUCACCGAACAGCAGAUUGAACAUCUGAGCAGCAUAUAUCGAUCGGAUAUAUAAGAUAUAUAUAGCCACAUCCUGUGCGUUAUCCACGAGGCCUCUCCGCUCGCCGAAGGCCCCGUCGCACCGCCACAAAAUUCGAUCAAUCAAAACGGGAGCGCGUUCGCCGCGAGACAGCUUCCAGUUGGAUUACUCAAUCGACUUCUUCAAGACGUAUAUCGAUACGCAGCGUUUCUACGCCGGCCACAAGUUGGAUUUCAAACAUCAGAGUUGCGCCGGCGGCCCUGGUUCCGGUGGUGCUGGUGGUCCUGGUCCUGGUGGUGGUGGUGGCGCCUCCGGAGUAGUCGUCGUCGGCGGCACUAGCAACAGCAACAAUCCAGCAGCGGCGCAACAGCAGCAGCAGCAGCAGCAACAACAACAGCAGCAGCAACAGCAGCAGUCCGGCGGUAAUAAUCCCAGCAACGGCAGCAACUCCGCCGUCGCCUUGUCCCUUGCCCAUCCGCACGCCCACGCCAGCCACGCGCACAGCAGCCACGCCCACGGCAGUCACGCCCACGCCCUAGCGAUAGCCCACGGUCAUCACGGUCUGCUGCCGUCGGUGGUCCCGCAACAGCAGCAGCAGCAGCAGCAGCAGCAGCAGCAACAACAGCAACAGCAGCAGGCGCAACAGUUGCCGCCGGGCGUUGGAGUUGCCAGUCCGCUGCAGCAGCAGCAGCAACAACAGCAACAGCAACAGCAGCAGCAACAGCAGCAGCAGCAGCAACAGCAGCUGAUCAACAACGGAGGCGUCUCCGCCGGCACACCCACGCUGCUUAUCGGCAACGGACCCAGCUCGUCCGGAGCGGGAACAGGAUCGGUUUCGGCCGCAGCAGCAGCAGCAGCGGCAGCCGCAGCAGCCUCCUCCUCCUCCUCGUCGCUGCCGCACGUGGCGCCGCACAGCCUGGGCCUGAGUCCGCAGUCGAGCGCCGACUCGCAGCAGUUCAACAUCUUUCCGGCGAUCUUCAGCCGCCAGCUGAACUUCUCGGCCGGCGGGCAGGGCGGCAAGCUAAGCAUGGACGAGCUGCGUCCGAACCUGGUCGGCGGACUGCUGGGUCUGCAACAGGGCCUGCUGGAGGAUCACGCGAGCAUGCAGCACGGCGGCGUGGGGCAGGACACCAAGUUCAUGUCGUUCCAGGACCAGCGCCUAAUGGGCAUCGGCGGCUCGCACGAGAACCGGCUGCUCAGCCUGGCCAGCUCCGUGCAGGAUACGCGUUCGCCAAUUACCACGCUGGAGAAGUCGUCAUCCUCAUCGCUUAAUCACCAGCGCAAGUGUAGCAGCACGCCGGAGGAUUUCAGCGCCCUCUACUCCGGCCUGCCCACGCCCGGCAUGGACUCGUCCUCGCACCACCAUACGCCGGCCCACACGCCGCCGUCGCGCCUCUCCGAUCACACGAUCUCGGCGGAAGGCGCCUUCAAGAAGCUCAAGCCGGAACCCAACAGCGGCCUGUCGACGGUUUCCGCCGGCAUCACCUCGCCCGGAAGCGGAUUAUCAUCGCUCAGCCAGCACGCCGGCCACACCCCAACCACAGCGUCCUGCCCCACGCCCGCCAGGCGGAGACACCGCACCACAUUCACACAGGAACAAUUAGCGGAACUGGAAGCGGCGUUCGCCAAAUCGCAUUAUCCGGAUAUUUACUGCCGCGAGGAGCUGGCGCGAACCACCAAGCUGAACGAGGCGCGGAUUCAAGUCUGGUUUCAGAACCGUCGCGCCAAGUACCGCAAGCAGGAGAAACAGCUGCAGAAGGCGCUGGCACCGUCUGUGAUCCCAUCCUGCAACGGUAUGAUGCGCAACAUCCAAGGCUACAGCGUCUCGCGCGGCUAUCAGCCGUAUCCGCACCACAACACCAUGAAUCGCUAUCCCCAGGACCUGUUCCAAAUGGGCGCCUCCUCGUAUCCGGGCAUGACUCAGCCGUUCUCCAUGGCGCACAGCACGAAUAUGGGCUCCGUUGGGGUGCGUCAGGACUCGAUGGGCAUGUCACCGGAGGACGAGUGGUACAACAAGAGCCUGUCCGCCCUGCGGAUGAACUCGUCGCAUCAUCCCAACCUGUCCGCCCCCAUGCUGCAGUACCAGACAUAAUCAAAGACCUUUGACGACUUCUUUUAAAAGAUCGCGCCCUAAUGGCCCUUUUUGGGGCGCGGUGUUUUAGGAUGGAGUGCGUCAAUCGAUGUCCACCAGCAGCAGUCACAAAUCUCUCUGUCUAUAUCUAUGCAUAUAUAUAUAUAUAUCACUGUAUAUACAUAUGUACAUAGUAUAUAUACCAGUCAUUAGUCUACAGCCCAUUCCGGAUGCACCAUCGGAUUAGGAUCAGGAUCAGGAUCAGGAUCAAGAUCAGAUCGGAUCGGGAUAAGGAUCGGAGUGAAUGAAUGAAUGGAGGAGCGCCAUCGUUCAGCUCUGGGCGGGAUUUACUCAUAAGACUUGUUGAUAUUAUUCUGUUUUUUCUUUUUUUUUUUUUUUUUUGGACAACCAGAUCCAAAUCGAAUAAUAAUGGGGUAAAGGUAAUUCGUAAAGGUAGAGAUAUGGGAUGGUACAUAGAGCCAGAGUCGGAGCUAAACAAAUGCGAAUGGAAGUGGAUUAUGUAAUAGGCAACUAGUCAUAGUAACUAAGCAAAUUGUGUAUUGAGAUUUUAUCGUGGCAUUAUAAAAAGUAAAAGUAAACGCGCGCAUCAGGCGCAUAUAUAAAUUUAAAUAAAUAUACUAAAAUAUGUACUAGCGAUAGCAUAAGUCAGGUUGCUUGGCCCCUUCCCAAUGGCAGACGUGGAAGAUGUGGAAAACGUGAAAAUCGUGGAAAGUGGAGCCCAGUCUGAUCUGAUCUGAUCCGAUCCGGUCUGGUUGGAUCUACUCCUAGCUUCUAGCUCCUAGCUCCGGGCUCCAUGCGGCAACUCUUUGGUUGCUUCUACCGACUUUUCAUUGCCUGCUCACUACUCACUAAUAUAGCUUACUCAACAUACGACGUACAUAUAGCAACUCCUGCUCCCACUCCCCACUGACCCACUCCCUACUGACCCACUGCAUCCCGGACCCACCACUACCACCGCCAACCGACCACCAUAGACCCGAAAUGCACAGAAAUCCAAAGCAGGCAAAUCCGCAAGCCGAACCCAAACGAAUUAAACUACAAACUUUCUAACUAAUUCAAGGUGUGUCAAACUAAUUAUAAGAUGAUUUUUUUUAGCUAAGCAAUGCAUUAACGAGUUAUAUUUAAAAAUAAUUAGAAAUCAAACCAAAAGCGAGAAAACAAAAAAAAAACACACACACACACACAUGGAAACCAAUAAAAUACAUCACCUAUAUAUAUUUAAAUACGAAAGAAAAACAGCCAAACGAAAACUACAAGACGCAUGUUUAACAAAUUAUGCCAGACACAGCAAGAAUGGAAAUAAUAAAAAUAUU